AUGCCAUUGGAGUAUACUCCUGUGUCAAAGCUCAAUUCUUCGAAACAAGAAUGGAAAACUAGAGUUUUGAUGUCCCGUGCCUGGAAUUUUCAUCCACAAAUGAAACCCGACUUUAUUCUCGGCAUGGAAAUCAUUCUCUGGAUGAAAAGGGAGACAGGAUUCAAGCAAGCAAAUCAAUUCGAGUCCACCUUAUACAGCAUAUGUAUACACGUUGGUAUAGGGCACCUGAAGUACUACUACAGUCAUAUGUUUACACUUAAAAAGUUGAUAUGUGCGCUAUAA